AUGUCGCGGCCGGGCCCAACCCGAAGAUCUGUGAGUUACCAGGAGGGCAGUCAAAGUUAUCGAUUCCGUUACGAAGACGAAUCGACUAAACCGACCGUGCUUCAAGGUGAAACUUCCACUGACGGCGAUGACGGUGUCAACAUUACAUUCCCGACGCUCGUGAUACACAAUGUACAGAACCAUGACAGAGCACGCAUCACCAUUUCACCAGUUACAGCCAACGAACCAUUUAGAGCUCAUCCUAACACUCUGAUGGGCAGUGGUUGUCAAUCAAAAGUGUUCUCAAGAGACGUAAAGGUCCAUCCAGGGAAUAAUACGUUUGUAUUCAACGACCUUCGCAUUAUAAGGACAAAGACAGAAGAUUGCGAUGCCGAGCUAGAGGCCAGAAAAAAUCUGAGAAUUGAUCCCUUCCAACGCACCUUGGGGGCUAUGGUAAACGACGUCACGACGGUUAGACCGACGACAUCGUCAGAAUCGCGGGAGACCAAUGGACGCAACUACGCAAGUUGCGAGUUGUUCGUGAGGACUAAGCAAGGUCUUUGUUUAUCAGGCGACGUCCAUCGUCUGAUGAGGAGUGCGAAUGCCCUAUUUUUACCCGACUGCCAAAGAAGGAGGGUAAUGUUUUUCGAGUGUAUCUUUUGUGAAUUGCCACAGAAUAUGAGACAGGCAGGAGACAAUACCUUUGUGGACAUUCUCAAUAAUAUUCGUGUUGGUGAGUUAACGAUGGACCAACUUGAGAUCCUGGACAGCCGCAGAAUUCCACUAGAGGGUCCAUUUGCCGAUGGAGAGGCAGUUCGAAUUUUCCCUACUACGAAACAAGUCGAUGCUUAUAAUUCAGCCAUGACUAAAAAGUUGGGCAAAUCGUUAAAGCUCUACCAAAUAAACGCUGUUGACAUCUCCCUAGAAGCUAAAACCUACGGUCAGUGCCCUCGCAAACAAUACAUUUCUGACGACCCGAACAAAACAGGGGGCAUUCUCGGCACCCUAACUAUUGGAAUUGGAUCUCGCGUGAUGUUACGCCGCAACAUCAAUGUAAACCACGGUCUGGUGAACGGUGCUAUGGGUAUCAUAAGAAGAAUUGAGUGGCCUUCUCUUCGCAGAGAGCAGUUAGAACCAGGUGAGUUACCGCAGGCAGUAUUCGUAGAGUUCGACGAUCGUUCUGUUAAGGGCAAUGAAUUGGGUGUGGGGGUUCGCAUAGAGCCCUCCACUGUCGACUUUGAUGCGCUUCGCGGACAAGGGAAGAUUGAACGUCGGAUGCUGCCUUUGAUACUUUGUUGGGCUGUAACGGUACACAAACUGCAAGGUACCACCUUGGAUCGGGCUGUCGUGGACCUAUCAAACGUGUUUGGAAAGGGCCAGGCUUAUGUAGCCCUAAGCCGUGUUAAAACACUUGCUGGAUUUCGCUAUGAGUGUGAAGGCCGGUCAGCGGGAUCUAUUCCCGGAGUGAACAGUACGUCAGAUAACAAGACUUACCCUACAAUUAAGAUAUGCGGAUACACAGGACAGGUGGUUAUUGUCGUGUCUUGUGUUACCAAAGAUGAACCUUACAGGGCACACCCCCACAACUUGGUGGGUCGAGAACGCUGCGAGAGGGGGGUGUGUACGAUCCCCCUUCGCGUCACAGAGGAGACAUGCGAGUACCAGUUCAAGAACCUCGGCAUCCAGUGCGUGAAGCGACGUGACAUCGCGGAGGCCCUCACCAUCAGGGAGAAACUUAGGGUGGAUCCCUUUAGAAAAAACUUUGAUCACAAGAACCAUCCUCAAAGCAUCGACUUGAACGCGGUGCGACUAUGUUUCCAAGUGUUCUUGCCGGACGAGACAGGGCGACUACGGCGUCCCUUGACGCCUGUCGUGUCGGAUGUCAUCUACGACAAAAAAGCCAUGAGCGACCUGCUCAUCAUGCGGUCCAGCCACUGUUCUGGGCCGGCAAAAGGCGGGACUCAAGUUAUCUUACUUUGUGAGAAGGUGACCCGAGAAGACAUCGAAGUAGUUUUCUACCAGGAAGAAGACGGUAUUGUUGUCUGGGAAGAGACUGCAAUCAGGAUCCUGGUACACAAACAAGUGGCUAUUGCUUUUGAGACGCCAGCCUACAAGUACCCGAAUACUACCGACCACGUUAAUGUGUACUUCCAGCUGAAGAGGCUGUCGGACAACGCCCGCAGCAACUCACUGCCGUUCGAGUACUACCCCGAUUUCUCAGGUAGCGCGCGUAAACCUCUUCCAGACCUGUCUCUGUUCUCGCUGCUCCUCAACGAGAAGCGGACAGACACCAAUAACAACAAACAAGACAAAACCGAAGUCGUUAGCUCUACCACUGAUAGUUACAGCGUGUCCGAUGACACUGACACCGCGCAGGUUACCGACACCGACGUUAAUGGCAACCCACAGGUUACCGACGUCGAGAUCAUCGACACCAACGAGAAGAGUCUAAAUGAACUUCUCGAUCAGGUGGCGGAGUUAGAUGAAAUAUACUCAGAGAACCGCACGCGCCUCGAAAACAUAUCUUCAUUAACGAACAAUAGUGAAGAUAUAGAGGAUUUCAAUGACGCGGGCACUUACACCAGUUUGCAACUCGCUUUCAAAAACCCUGUAGAGAUAUCUGAACCUGACCCGAUGUCGUAUGAAGAUGUCCAAGUUCAGACGUAUCGCGGCCCUAUCAUUGAAUUUAGUCCACUAAAACGCGAUACAGAUGAUGAGCGCGCACCCCCGUUACCUCCCAAACGCGUCCGUAAAGCUGCAUCUACCGAACCUUUCAAAACUAGUCAGACUUCGGUCGAUAGUAUCUUAAAACCUGGGCGACAGAUACCCGUCACCCGCAACCCAGACCAUCUGAAAAUAAACUCUGAGAUGACCGUAGCCAAGAGUGAACCCGCUUUACCGCCGGUCAAGAAGCGUUCGUUCUUUUCGCGACUAUUUAGAAGAAAGGAGAAAUCACCUGCCCCCAGUGUUAAAUCUGAGGGUAGGAAAGAGGCAAAGAGUAAACCUGUAGGUCGUUCUGUGAGCAGUGUCUCGGGGGUGCGUCCUUCGAAGUUUAAGUCAUCAGUGUCUCACACCUCUUUGAAAGACAACGCUUCUGGCACAGGCCUCAGUUAUGCCGAUAGCAUCACACAUAUUUCUCUACACGGAGAUGACAAUGAGAAGUCCACAUCUCAGUCUUCUUUGCGUCGUCCUGCCAGCUUAGCUCCGCUGCCUCCAACAGACGGUGGCACUAUUUUAGUGGCAGAAAGUGUGCUCGCUUUAGACGCGUCCCAGUUUAAAAAGCUGCAAGAUGAUUUAGAUUUGACUGACGCGGAGCACUACGCGUUGUAUAUGGCCGUUGCCCCACACGCGACAGUUUCUGAAUUCGAUGAAACAAAGAUGAAUAUUAAGAAGCGGAAGAUGGUAAACGACACGUUACGAAACUACGAUCUUGAAAGAAUGUACUCGACGGUCGACCAGCAAAUCAAGUCAGAGCCAAGAGACCGGACUCCGCCCCACCAUAAUAUAAGCAGUCCGCCGCUGCACGGCUACGCGCCUCAAUACGAACAGAAUUGGCCAAUAGACAAUAUGCAAGGUGGGCUUGGAGUUCCGGGGCCAAGCCACAGCGCGGUGCCUGCAGGGCACGGGAACCCUUUCGCACAAGAGAUGUGGCAGAACCAGCCCUACGGGCAAGUGUCGCCAGCUCACUUACAGCCCUCCGCUAUGGCGCAGAACCUGCAAGUGUUGCAGCCCAGCAUGCAGGCCAUGUCGCCCAGCAUGCAGCCCAUGUCGCCCAACAUGCAGCCCCUGUCGCCCAACAUGCAGGCGCCCUACGUGGCGGAGCGCAUGUCCCCCAACAUGGCCGUCAUGUCCCCGCACGGACAGACCAUGUCUCCCAAUAUGCAGGUCAUGUCCCCCAUGGGGCGGGUGUCCCCAAACAUGCCGCAGAAUAUGGGCCAUAUUUCGCCCAACUUGGUGCAACACCAAACCACUUAUGUGCAGCAGGGCGCGACAGGGCCGGGCGCGAUGGAGACGGAGGGCCACAGCGCGGCGUCGCUGAGCCACCUGCUGAUGGACCGCGGCGGCGGCGGCGACAGCCUCCUGCUCAACUCCAGCGAGCUGUCGGGGCUCUCCGACCUGCUCAACAACACGAUCCCGCAGUAA